UCACAUGAUUUUGGUCACCUGAUUCUGAGGAGCAGCACAACGUUAGUAGCUAGAUCUCCGGGAAAACAGCUGUUUUGAGUGUUUAUAGUUCGUCUUCACGUCUUUAAUUCGGCUCAAAUGAGACUUUAUGUUGGUGUUUUUCGCUCGCAGGAGACUGAAAGCGUUAGAUAAGCUAAUGAAGCCACGGGUAGCAGUGUCAGCUGGCCGCCCGCUGGUCUGCUAGCUAUAACACUGACAGCGGCUAAUGCAGCUAGCGCUAGUUAGCUGUAGCUUUGAGUCCUGUUAACUCCAGCCUUUAGGCUCAACGGGGAGUUUAGUCGUUUUUAGAAGGAAUAUUCAUCCUUGACUCACUUAAACAUAUAGCUGGUUAUAAUGGCAUCCAUUCUGGACGAGUACGAAGACUCGCAGAUCAUCCGCCACCCUGUCCAGACCUCGCGCAUGUCUGCGUCCAACAUGAUCGGGAUCACUCAUUCAGGGUUUGUGAACGUGCGGCUGGAGGAAGAGAAGCCCAUCUUCAACAAGCAGCGGAUUGACUUCUCACCUCCUGAAAAGAUAAACCAUUUCGCCGUGUGCAACAACCAGCUGUGCAUGAGCCUGGGGAGGGACACCCUUCUGAGGAUCGAUCUUGGAAAACCAGAUCAGCCAAACCAGAUUGAACUGGGGAGGAAGGAUGAUAGUAAAGUGCACAAGUUAUUUCUGGACCCGACAGGGUCUCACUUGGUAAUUAGUCUGACCACAAACGAGUGUGUUUACUUAAACAGAAACACCCAAAAGGUUCGCAGUCUCUCCCGAUGGAGGGGACACCUAAUAGAGAGCGUUGGCUGGAAUAAGCUGAUAGGCACAGAGAGCAAUACUGGGCCAAUUCUGGUUGGAACCAGCCAAGGAAUCAUCUUUGAAGCUGAAAUAUCUGCUUCAGAGGGAAGCCUGUUCAACACUAACCCAGACCAAUACUUCAGGCAAGUCCAUUCCUUGGAGGAGGAUGGCAAACCGGCACCUGUCUGUUGCCUUGAAGUGGAACGUGGCAUUGAAUCAAAGUACUUCAUCAUUGCGACCACUCGCAAGCGCCUCUUUCAGUUUGUGGGCAAGUUAGCAGAAGGAUCUGAGCAGCAGGGCUUUAGCUCCAUCUUUGCUCAGAAUCAGGAUCUCCUACCUAGCUUUCAGGAGUUUCCUGUUAAUAUGGGCUAUAGUGAGAUUGCUUUCUACACCUCAAAGCUUCGUCAGUGCCCCAAGUCCUUUGCCUGGAUGAUGGGCAAUGGGGUUUUGUAUGGCCAGUUGGACUAUGUGAGGCCUGACUCUCUUCUUAGUGAUGUGCAGGUGUGGGAAUACACUCCAGAUAUUGACUUCAGUUUUAACAAGCCCAUCUCCAUCGUGCUCACCCAGUUCCAUUUCCUUCUUUUGCUGCCUGACCGUGUCAAGGCUAUUUGUACACUAAACGGGCAAGUGGUGUAUGAAGAUGUGUUCCCAGACAAAUUUGGUGCACUGAAAAAAAUGAUCAAAGAUCCGAUUGGUGGGCUGGUGUGGAUCUACACAGAGAAAGCUGUCUUUCGGUAUCACAUUCAAAAGGAAUCCAGAGACGUCUGGCAGAUGUACAUGAGCAUGAACAAAUUUGACCUGGCCAAAGAGUAUUGCAAGGAUCGGCCGGAGUGCAUGGAUAUGGUAUUGGCCAGGGAGGCAGAGCACUGCUUCCAAAACAAACGUUAUCUUGAGAGCGCCAAGUGUUACGCUCUCACACAGAACUACUUUGAAGAGAUCGCCUUGAAGUUUAUUGAAGCCAAACAGGAGGAAGCCCUCAAGGAAUUUCUGCUGAAGAAGUUGGGUAACCUCAAAUCUUCUGAGAAGACCCAGAUCACCCUUUUGGUUACCUGGUUAACUGAGCUGUACCUGAACCGACUUGGACAACUGGAAGUCGAUGAGAGUAAGAGCAAACAAUUCGAGGGAACCCGGGAGGAGUUCCGCGAUUUUCUCUCCCACACAAAGUACAAAGAAUUCUUCUUCAACAAUCGCAGCACCAUCUAUGAUCUUCUGGCCAGCCAUGGCAAUGUGGAUGAUAUGGUGUAUUUCUCUGUUAUAAUGCAUGACUAUGAGAGGGUCAUCUCUCACCACUGCCAGCAUGACGACUACAGUGCAGCUCUCGAGGUGCUCUCAAAGCACUGUGAUGAAAAACUUUUCUACAAGUUUUCCCCGGUCCUCAUGCAGCACAUUCCUAAAAAAGUGGUGGAUGCCUGGAUAAAAAUGGGAAAACGACUGGACCCUAAGAAACUGAUCCCAGCUCUAGUGAACUACAGUCAGAUUGGCAGCACCCAGCAGAUCUGUGAGACAAUCCGGUACAUGGAGUUCUGUGUGUAUCAGCUGGAUGUGCAGGAUGAGGCCAUCCAUAAUUAUCUGCUUUCACUUUAUGCCAAAUACAAGUCUGAUUCUUUGCUGUGGUAUCUCGAGCAGGCAGGUACUCAUGCCUCCGAAAUCAAGUAUGACUUGAAAUAUGCCCUCCGCCUUUGUGCUGAACAUGGCUAUCUCCAGGCUUGUGUUUUGGUUUACAAGAUAAUGGAGCUGUAUGAAGAAGCUGUGGAUCUAGCCUUACAAGUUGAUGUUGAUUUGGCCAAGUCUUGUGCCGACCUUCCAGAGGAUGACGAGGAGCUAAGAAAGAAGCUGUGGCUGAAAAUUGCCCGCCACGUUGUUCAAGAAGAGAAGGACGUAAAGAAGGCCAUGAACUGUUUAUCUAGUUGCAACCUGCUGAAGAUUGAGGACAUCUUGCCUUUCUUUCCAGACUUUGUCACAAUUGACCACUUCAAGGAGGCCAUUUGUGGCUCUUUGGAAGAGUAUAACCAGCACAUCGAUGAGCUGAAACAAGAAAUGGAAGAGGCCACAGAGAGCGCCAAGCGCAUACGUGAAGACAUCCAGGAAAUGAGAAACAAAUACGGGGUGGUGGAAUCUCAAGAGAAAUGUGCUACCUGCGACUUUCCCUUGCUUAACAGGCCCUUCUAUCUCUUCCUGUGUGGACACAUGUUUCAUUAUGACUGUCUUUUACAGGAAGUCACCCCUCACUUUUCUACCUACAAGCAAAACAAGUUAGAUGAACUCCAGAAAAAGCUUGCUGCAACCACGCAGACCACCAAGUCCCGUCACAGGCCAAAAGAGGAGGACACGGUCAGCCUAGGAAAAGGCCAGGGUAGCAGAGAGCAGAUCAAGUCUGAUAUUGAUGACAUCAUUGCUUCUGAGUGUGCCUACUGUGGUGAGCUGAUGAUCAAAUCUAUUGAUAAGCCCUUUAUUGAUCCACAAAAGUUUGAGGAGGAAAGGUCUAGCUGGCUCUAAGCUUAAGACUUGUGUAAUAAGCAAAAGUACUCACUUACCACUUUUAAAGUGAGAAAAUAGCUGCAAGUACGUGCCUCAUGUAUAGCUCUCAGAGAACACUUAUGCUUCAAGAAUAAAUAUGUAAAUGUAACCAUUUAUGCAUCAAUAUUUCAGUGCUAACAAAAUGUUUGUGUAUGUGUUGCUAAAUUAAUGUAUAUCAGUAUUCCUGUAUGUGAUGUGAUGAUCUUAAUAAACGCAGGAUUUUUUCAACUAA